AUCAGGAGACUCAGAGCUUGCCAAACAACCUGUUUUUUCAUGUUCAGACAUGGUAAUCUUAAGCUGAAUGUGUAACACCUUGAUGGGAAGGUUGUCCCAUAGAAUGUUUUCUCAUCUUUGAACACUAUUUAUUUCAGAAGCUCUGCUUCUGCUACAACCAAACAUGUCACUUAGCGAUCUGAGUAAGAAAGAGAAAGAAAAAGUCAUUCUCAGACUGUUAAUGCAGGCUCCUCCAGGGGAAUUUGUAAAUGUCUUUGAUGAUCUCUGUCUGCUUAUCCGUGAUGAAAAACUCAUGCACCAUCUAGGUGAGAGUGCAGGCCACCAACUCUGCCAAAAAUAUUACGUCCCACUCUCCAUCGAUGGGAAUGCGGUCCUCCUGUCUCACCACAACGUAGUGGGUAACUACCGAUUUUUUGACUACCAGAGCAAACUUUCUUUCAAAUUCGACCUGCUUCAAAACCAGUUAAAAGACAUCCAAAGUCACGGCAUCAUUCUGAAUGAGACGGAGUACCUGAGGACUGUUGUUCUGUGCGCCUUAAAGCUGUAUGUGAAUGACCACUAUCCAACGGGGAACUGCAAUGUGCUGAGAAAAACAGUGAAAAAUAAAGAGUUCUUGAUCGCUUGCAUUGAAGAUCACAGCUACGAAACAGAUUACUGGAAUGGCCUUUGGAAAUCGAAAUGGGUUUUCCAAGUCAAUCCAUUUCUAACCCAGGUAACAGGGAGAAUUUUUGUGCAAGCUCACUUCUUCAGACGUGUCAACCUUCAUGUCGAAAUCUCCAAGGACCUGAAAGAAAGCUUGGAAGUAGUUAACCAAGCUCAACUGGCUCUAAAUUUCACGAGGCUUGUGGAAGAGCAAGAGAAUAAAUUUCAAGCUGCAGUCUUAGACGAAUUACAGGAGUUAUCAAACGAAGCCCUAAGAAGAAUUCUACGAAGAGAUCUUCCAGUGACCCGCACUCAUAUUGACUGGCAGAGGAUACUCUCUGACUUGAAUCUGGUGAUGUAUCCUAAAUUAGGAUACGUCGUUUAUUCACGAAGUGUGUUAGGCAACUGGAUUACAUAAAGGAUUGCUCAUGGUAACU